AUGGUGCUCAACGGCGCACUGUUCUUGCUCGUCUGCGCGGCUGCUCGAGCUGCUGCUUCCGGCGGAGACGGCCCGCUGCUGAACGGUAACUUCGAGUACGCGCCGAACAGGUCCCAGAUGAACGGCUCGAGGGUGAUGGGGAAGUACGCGAUCCCGUACUGGAAGGUGGCCGGCUUCGUGGAGUACAUCGAGUCCGGGGCGAAGCAGGACCAUAUGGUCCUCAUAGUGCCGGAAGGCAGGCACGCCGUGCGGCUGGGCACGGAAUCCUCGAUCCAGCAGCAGCUCAGCGUGACGCGGGGCAAGUACUAUUCCAUCACCUUCAGCGCGGCGCGCACCUGCGCCCAGUCCGAGAAGCUGAGCGUGUCGAUCGUCCCCGGCGACGCGUCCGGCGGCGAGCUCCCCGUCCAGACGGUGUACACCAGCAGCGGCUGGGACUCGUACGCCUGGGCCUUCAAGGCCAAGCAGGGCGUGGUGUCGCUCAUCAUCCACCACGGCGACGACCAGGUGGACGACCCCGCGUGCGGCCCCAUCGUCGACGCCGUCGCCAUCAGAACGCUCAGCCCUCCUCACGCCACCCACCAGAACAUGCUGAUCAACGGGGACUUCGAGGAGGGGCCGUACAUGACCCCGGGGUCGCCGUCGGGGGUGCUGGUGCCGCCCAUGGACGAGGACGCCACGUCGCCGCUGCCGGGGUGGACGAUCAUGUCCCACUCCAAGGUGGUCAAGUACAUCGACGCGGGGCACUUCCGGGUGCCGCACGGCUCCCGCGCCGUGGAGCUGGUGGCCGGCGUGGAGGUGGCGCUGGUCCAGGAGGUGGCCACCGUGCCCGGCAGGUCCUACAGGCUGCAGGUACGAGUCCCGCGGCACGGGCGGCUACGUGCGCGACAAGCUCGACUUCAAGGCGGAGGGGAACAGCACCCGGGUGGUGUUCUACAGCACGGGCUACCACACCACGUCCGACCGCAGCGGCACGCUCUGCGGACCCGUCGUCGACGACGUGUCGCUCGUCAGCGUCUCGCACCCGCAUGCUCGCCGGUUGCUCCGCUGAUGCGCCUCGCAGGAGCCAGUGCUUUUUUUUUUUCUUGA